AUGUUUUCCGUUGAAAUCUCGACUUUACAACGGCAACUUCCGUUACAAAAAACUAGUUCCUUAUCCACACUCAAUCCUUAUUUGGACGCUGACGGACUUCUUCGCAUCAGAGGACGGCUCCGUCAUGCUUGCCUUUCAGAAACGACGAAGAAUCCGCUCGUAUUACGAGCACAUCCAUUGCUAGUUCUUAUUAUUCAGCAUCAUCAUCUCAGAACGUUACAUGCUGGUCCCCAAUUAACACUCGCUUCAUUACGUAAUGAAUUUUGGAUCCUCCGAUCUCGCGCUACCGUUCGUGCUGUUCUGUAUCAGUGCGUACAAUGCACUCGUGAGCGCGCUAAAAAACCUGUCGAACUCAUGGGCGAUCUACCGGAGGCGAGAGUUAACCGUGCCGCUCGCGCAUUUAUACAUACUGGCGUUGAUUACGCUGGACCAAUCACUGUCCGAACCGCGCCCGGCCGAGGACACAAAUCGCAAAAGGCUUACAUUGCGCUGUUCAUAUGUUUAACGACCAAGGCUAUGCAUUUAGAACUUGUUUCCGAUUACAGCUCGCCGACCUUUAUUGCAGCGUACCAGCGAUUUGUCUCCCGCCGAGGACUACCGCAGUCCAUGUACUCAGACAACGGUACAACAUUUCAUGGCGCUAAUCGAGAAUUAUCCGAAGCUCACGCGAAAGCAAUUCGCGAUCCAAGCUUUCGUAAUCGUCUCGCUAGCGAUGGAACCGCGUGGCAGUUCCUACCCCCGGCCGCACCACAUUUCGGCGGACUGUGGGAAGCCGGUGUCAAGAGCGUCAAAUACCACAUAAAGCGUUGCAUCGGCCUCCAUACAUUAACUUUUGAAGAAAUGACCACGUUUCUUUGUCGCAUUGAAGCUUGCUUAAACUCUCGUCCGAUCGCUCCCGUCUCCGAUAAUCCUGACGAUUAUCACGCGUUAACGCCUGGUCAUUUCUUGAUCGGUACCUCUCUUCUCGCUCCCGCCGAACCAAGCGUGCUUGAAUUUAACGAGAAUCGAUUGUCGCGUUGGCAAAUGAUUCAACGUCUGACGGAAGAGUUUUGGCGGUCCUGGUCAAGCGAUUACUUGCAUUCUCUUCAACAACGCCCAAAAUGGCGCGUUAUCCAGCGACUUGCCAAAGUUGGCCAAAUAGUCUUAGUGCGUAAUCCCUUGGCUCCGCCCAGCCAUUGGGACCUUGGACGAAUUGUCGCCUGUCAUCCAGGAGAAGAUGGCCUGACGCGCGUUGUCACGGUCAAAACCUCCCGUUCUGAAUAUAAACGACCGAUCGUGAAACUAUGCUUCUUGCCUGUUGCGAUUAAUACCGAAGAAGUAAAAGAUUCUGUUAUGGCGGGCGGAAUCUCGUCUUAA